GCGAAUUGGCCGCAUCCGCUGCAGAACGAAAACGGCGAAACCCCGUCCAUCCGCCUUCGCCUCGAAUAACCAGCUUAGGAUCCUUAUUUAACGUCGCCUGUCCGCUCAUCUCCUCAGGCUUCGCUUCUCCUUCGACUAUGGUGCAAGACGCCGGUCACCCCAGGGAUUCCUUCCCCUCUCGGCCAGCCUACUGGCCACCCCAGGAGAGGUUUCCUAUGGAGCCGAUACCCGAUGAGAGUCGUUUCACAGACUCGCCAGACGUGCGGCGACCACCCGUGGCUAUUGAUAAAGCUCUACGAGAGUACUGCAACAUCUCGGCUGAGUUUUACGUGCUCAUAUCCUUCAUCGAUGGGAAGCCCCAUAUCUUCACGGCGCCGAAUAGCAUAGCCACCUUUGAUAUAAAGAGGUUUUUGAACAUGAACGCCCUCACCCGCGAACUGCAGCGCUCACGGUCUAGUAAGCUCUCGAAAACUCGGGUUAGAGCCCGUGGCAUGAGUUUCACUAAAACCUCUGUGAUCUAGUUUCCAACCCAACAUAUGGUGAGCCAGAGUAUGGCUAUGACUCAGAGAUGAGCCGGUACCCUCUGGAGCCGGGGAGGCGAUGGACCCAGGAUCGGAGGUACGGCCA